CAGCGAAGAGCGGAGAAUCUGUAUAAAUACCAAAAGGUUCUGCGUAUUCCUCAUUAGAGUUUCGGUUUUACUGCUGUGAACAAGCAACUCAUCGGACAAUAUGAAACUCUUCCUGGUCGCCUUUGCCGUGAUCGCAGCUGUGGCUGCCGAUGUCAGCCACCUGCCCUCCAACGAGUACCUGCCUCCCGUCCAGGAGCAGCAGAUCAUCGCCGCUCCCAGCAACGAGUAUCUGCCUCCCGCGGAGGCCGAGGCUGCCCCUGCCCACGAGCUGGCCGAUGAUGGCUACCGUUACAAGACCCACAAGCGUGUGGUGAUCCGUCGUCACCGUCGUGAUGUGAACGAGCUGUCCAACGAGUACUUGCCCCCUGUCCAGGCUGUUCCUCCCACCAACGAGUACCUGGCUCCCGUUGAGGCUGCUCCUGAGACCGUCUUGGCCGAUGAUGGCUACCGUUACAAGACCCACAAGCGCGUGGUGUUCCGUCGUCAACGUCGUGAUGUGAACGAGCUGUCCAACGAGUACUUGCCCCCUGUCGAUGAUGUUGCUCCCUCCAACGAGUACCUGGCUCCCGUUCAGACUGCUCCUGAGACCGUCUUGGCCGAUGAUGGCUACCGUUACAAGACCCACAAGCGCGUGGUGUUCCGUCGUCAACGUCGUGAUGUGAACGAGCUGUCCAACGAGUACUUGCCCCCUGUCCAGGCUGUUCCUCCCACCAACGAGUACCUGGCUCCCGUUGAGGCUGCUCCUGAGACCGUCUUGGCCGAUGAUGGCUACCGUUACAAGACCCACAAGCGCGUGGUGUUCCGUCGUCAACGUCGUGAUGUGAACGAGCUGUCCAACGAGUACUUGCCCCCUGUCCAGGCUGUUCCUCCCACCAACGAGUACCUGGCUCCCGUUGAGGCUGCUCCUGAGACCGUCUUGGCCGAUGAUGGCUACCGUUACAAGACCCACAAGCGCGUGGUGUUCCGUCGUCAACGUCGUGAUGUGAACGAGCUGUCCAACGAGUACUUGCCCCCUGUCCAGGCUGUUCCUCCCACCAACGAGUACCUGCCCCCAGUGUCCGCCCCCGUCCAGGUUGCUGCCCCAGCUCCCGCUCCUGUUCAGAUCGCCGCCCCUGUCCAGCUGGCCGCCCCCGCUCCCGUCGUGGUUGAGGCUGAGCCCGCUCAUGAGCUGGCCGAUGACGGUUACCGUUACAAGACCCACCGUCGCGUUGUCUACCGCCGCCACCGCCGUGACGUCAACGAGCUGUCCAACGAGUACUUGCCUCCUUCCAACGAGUACCUGGCUCCCGCUGAGGCUGCUUCUGAGACCAUCCUGGCUGAUGAUGGAUACCGCUACAAGACCCACAAGCGUUUUGUGUUCCGCCGUCACUAAAUCAUCCGAUAAAGGCUUCACUAGGUGAUCGAUUUGUGCUCAUUUUGGAGUGCAGACCCUACUAUUAGAAUACCUCCUUUUCAUUCAAAUAAAAUAUUACGAUAACAAAUUAA